AUGGCGGGGCCGGGACUACGUUUCCCAGCGGCUCCUCCUGGGCCCGCACAUGCUCGGUGCGGCUCCGGAGACUCCCGGCAGCUCCCGGCGCGGUUCCCGGUGUGUAACAGGGGCGCUGGGUGCGGAACUCGGCGCGGCUCCCGGAGAUCCCCGGCACGGAUCACUGUGCGGCCCCCGGCUGUUCUCGGCGCGGAUACCGAUCUGGCUCCCGGUUCAGCUUCCGGCGGCUACCGGUGGAGAUCCCGGUGCAACUCCAAGGGGCUCCCGGUGCGGCCCCCCGGUGCAAGAUUCCCGCAGCUCCCGUUCCGGCGGAUUCUGGGUGCUCCUGGUGCAGCUCCAGGCACGACUCCCCGUGCAGCUCCCGGCGGUGCACCCCGGUGCACUCUCGGGACUGCACGGCCGAUCCUCGAGGGGCUGAGCCCAGCCCUUCCCAGCCUCACCACCGACCUGGGGCCGAGCUUUCCCACCCUCACCCCGGAAAGCAUGCCCCGUGGGCGAGCCUGGACGCAGACAGAGGUCAGCAGGCUGCUGGCUUUGGUGAGGGGUUCAGGGGAGGCCGCCCUGCUCAUGGCCUCGACGUCUCGACCCAACGAGGCUCUGUGGAGGGAGAUCUCCCAAGGGCUGGCAGCAUCCGGCUACGGGCGCACCGUGGCUCAGUGCCGGUCCAAGUGGAAGGCACUCAAGCAGGCUUUCCACUCGGAACGGGAGACACGCCGGAGGGCCGGCUGCCACUCACCUCGCCUGCCCUCUCACUACCGAGCCAUGAAGAGCAUCUGGAAGGCGGCUGGGCGGCCCGUUUUCGGGGAGCGGAGGAUGCCAGACCUGGUGAAGCUGCCCCCCAGGAAGGGCAGGUCAGCCCUCACCACCCGUUCUUCACCCUCACCAGAACCGCCAGAGCACGAUGUUGGUGGGGACACCACAGGCACACUGCAGUCCGUGAAGGAUGAGCUGGCGAGCUCAGCUGGUGGGAGCCACAUCUCUGGAGUGCCACCUGCACCCCUCACUGUGCCAUGCUGUCACGCUUCCCUGAAGCAGGAAAGAGAUGAACAGAAGGCUGGUUUUCCUGGUGAGACAUCGCCAGCAAUGGGAAGAGGAGACCGAGUGCUGCCAGUGGGCACCUCAGCCCUGAGCUCCCCUGGGAUGGCUGCCAUAAGCGAGCAGCCAGCAGCGGGUCAGGAGGCAUCAGACACAAGCCUGCACAGUUCUGGCGUGGCAGGCUUGCUCCAGAGCAUCCAGCAGCUGCUGGUGCAGAUCCUGCAGACAUCCCAGCAGCAGCAGGCACUGCUGGAGAGCCUGGCCAGUGACACCAUCUCCCACCUCCACCUCCUCUCACACAGCCUGGUGCAGGUGGGCGAGACCCUGCACCAGCUCCUGCUCCGGCCACAGACCCACCUCAGCCCCCUCAACCACUACAACCCCCACAUGCCACUUUUUGAGGGUGACACCGGGGUGCCCUGCUCCCCUGAUGUUCCCCACAUCUCCCUGGAUCACAAAGAGGAGCCUCAGGUGUCCCCCACCACUGGCUGCAACCCCCUGUGAGUGCCACCAGCUCCAGGAGCAACCACUUCGCUACACAGCCAUGGCACAAAUCUUUAUAGCAGAGGCCCCAGAUAUUUUGAAAGUUUAUAGAAGAGAGACAUUUUAAUAACAUUAAAAAUAACUUUUG